UGGAGCUUUCUCUUUUUUUUUUCCAAUUCGCAGAGUUCGCAAAGCGUCUCGAUCCAACUUCCCAAACUCCAUCUGCCAUUGCCAUUGGAACAAAAUAGUUCCUUUCUUCCCGCCAACACCGUCGUGAGUGUGUUUAUAUACCCAUAACAGGUAAAUCCUACGACUGGCAAAAAUGGCAACCAAAGAGGAUAUUAAGCCCAAGGAGGACGAGUUCUCAAUCAAGCCGACCGCGGUCACUCCGUCUGUUGACACGAGCACAUGGCCGUUGUUGCUGAAGAACUACGACAAACUUCUUGUCCGAACUGGACAUUUCACUCCCAUUCCCAAUGGUAGUUCGCCUUUGACUCGAGACCUCAAGUCGUACAUUAGCUCCGGUGUUAUCAAUCUCGAUAAACCCUCCAACCCUUCCAGUCACGAAGUCGUUGCUUGGGUGAAGAGAAUUUUACGUGUUGAGAAGACUGGCCACAGUGGUACCCUUGAUCCCAAGGUUACCGGUUGCUUGAUUGUUUGCGUUGACCGUGCUACUCGACUGGUCAAAUCCCAACAAGGUGCGGGAAAGGAAUAUGUCGCCGUUAUUCGACUACACGACAAGCUUCCCGGCGGAGAAGCGCAAUUCUCCCGAGCACUGGAGACAUUGACCGGUGCUCUAUUCCAACGACCUCCUCUAAUCUCCGCUGUGAAGCGACAACUCCGUAUCCGAACUAUCCACGAGAGUCGAGUUAUCGAGUUUGACAAUGACCGCCAUCUUGGUAUUUUCUGGGUCAGCUGCGAGGCAGGUACAUACAUCCGAACUUUAUGCGUGCAUAUGGGUCUUUUACUAGGUGUCGGUGCCCACAUGCAAGAGCUACGACGUGUGCGAAGUGGUGCUAUGGACGAGACGAAAGACCUAGUCACGCUCCACGAUGUCCUCGAUGCGCAAUGGAUGAUGGACAAUACUCGAGACGAAUCCUACCUCCGCAAGGUCAUCGCUCCUCUCGAGACACUCCUUACCUCCUACAAGAGAAUUGUCGUCAAGGAUAGUACUGUCAACGCCAUUUGCUAUGGUGCGAAGCUUAUGAUUCCUGGUCUCCUACGAUAUGAGGAUGGAAUUGAGGUGCACGAGGAAGUAGUCUUGAUGACUACGAAGGGUGAGGCCAUUGCUCUCGGUAUUGCCAUGAUGUCGACGGUUGAGAUGUCCUCUUGCGAUCACGGUGUAGUGGCGAAGGUGAAGCGAUGUAUUAUGGAGCGUGACCUAUACCCUCGCCGGUGGGGCUUGGGUCCUACUGCUACCGAGAAGAAGAAGCUGAAGGCAUCCGGAAAACUGGAUAAGUUCGGACGAGCGAACGAGUCUACCCCCGCCAAGUGGACAGCCGAGUACAAGGACUACAGUGCACCGGCCGAUGCUGCAGCACCAGCACCAGCACCGGCUGCUGAUGUUUCGAUGACAGAAGCUCCCGCCUCAGCUCCUGCACCCGACACCCCGUCCGCACCCACGCCUGCGGCUGAUGACGACAAGAAGAAGCGUAAGAAGCACGACGGCGAGACGGCAGAGGAGAAGGCAGAACGCAAGAAGCGAAAGGCCGAGAAGAAAGCGGCCAAAGAGGCCAAGCGCACCUCACUAGGCAAACAGGCCGACUCCGACUCGGAAUAAAACAAGUACCUCGAAUUACGGGUCGAAUCUCUCCUGAGUAGCAUCUGCUUGAUACCUUUGGUCGGUCGGUCAUUGCCUCAUUGCAUGUAAAUGCAUUUGCUUACGGCGUUAUCUGCUGUAUUAUACAGUUUCUGAGGGUCAGGAAAAUCGGCGUUUAGGAAGUUUUACCUUUUUUUCAUUGCCAAGUAUCAUGAGGGCUCGAUG